CGGCCGCUCCUGAUUGGCGGAGCGUGUUGCAUUAACUUUUCCUUGGUGCUCGCGGAUCGGAGGAAGCGGUUGGUCUUGGAACUCCGCGAGCAGGCAGCUGGGCGCUCGCGCAUCGCAGCAUCUCUCCCCGGACGCACUGCGCAGCAUUCUAGUCCUCAGUGAGGUCUUGUUCCCAAACUGCGCUGCAGCCUCAGUGAAACCUUUCUACAGUGCUGCUCUAAUGAGGAACCCCUGAAUAUAGAGUCACAGAGGAGAGAGGUUGCAAUGUCUCGCAGCAUCGGCUGUCCACGAUCCAGUGUGAUUAAGCUCAGUUUCCUGGCUUUGCUGCUAUUUGUAACGAGUUUCCCUUCGUGCUUAAACGACAGAGUUGCAGAAUUUGCUCUCACAGAAAAAGUUGGUGAUUCGAAGGAAGAGGACAGUCAAGAGGGAGUGGUGGAGGAAAACGAUUUUGAUUCCGAAGACUUGGAAGUAUUCUACCCGACGAAUCAAUGGCAAACUGUCCGGCCAGGUCAGGCUGUUCCUGCUGGCUUACAUGUGCAAUUAAAUCUUCAGACAGGAGAAAAAUUAGCCAAGCUUCCAGAUAACGAAAAUAAGAAAAGUGACAUGAAAGACCCUCAGAAAAGUAAAGGGCUGGGGCACAUAGAUAUCGACCCGAGUUCAUUCACAACGCAAGAACUCAAGAAGGCUUUGUCUAAAAUGAAGAAAAACAUGAAGACAGAUGAUACACUGGCUCAAAAGGCUCAUCAGGAAGAUGUCAGGAGAAGAUUCCGUCCCAUUGAAAAACUUAAGGAAGAGUUCAGAGAGCUCAACCUGCAACUAGAAACAGACUUUGAAAUUAUGUUUAAAUUAAUCAACAAAUUCAACAGUUCCACUUCGACGCUGGAGGAGAAAAUAACAGCACUUCAUGAUCUCGAAUACUACGUUCAUCAGGUGGACAAUGCAAAAGAUUUGCUUUCCAUUGGGGGCCUCCAGCUUUUGAUUAAUGGGCUGAACAGCACGGAGCCGUUGGUGAAGGAAUAUGCGUCCUUCGUCCUGGGAGCUGCACUGUCCAGCAACCCCAAAAUACAAGUCGCUGCGAUUGAGGGUGGCGCUCUGCAAAAACUGCUGGUGAUUUUGGCCACAGAUCAGCCCCUGGCUGUGAAGAAAAAGGCUCUCUUUGCAUUGUCGUCCAUGUUGCGGCAGUUCCCCUACGCCCAGCAGCAGUUCCUCAAGCUUGGAGGCCUUCAAGUGCUUCGCCAUCUCUGCACAGAGAAAGGGACGGAGAUGUUGCACAUCCGCAUUGUGACGCUUCUCUAUGACUUAGUCGUGGAAAAGCUGUCGCUCAAGGACUCGCCGGAUGACGACGACCAGUUCCGGGAGAGAGCCCAGCAGUACAGCCAAGUGAUCUUGCUCCCAGCCAUUGUCGAACAAGGCUGGUGCGGGAUAAUUCCUAACCUCCUGAGGAUGCCAGAGCACGAUGCCAGGGAGAAGGUUUUGAAGACCGUGCAUGUGCUGCUAGCUUCCUGCAGGGACAGCUACAAAGCAGAUCACAGCCUCAGCCAUACACUGAGCCUCCUUCGCCAAGAAUACGAAGUGCUGGCGGCGGACGAACAAAAGGAAGGAGAAGAUGACGGCUAUUUUAAGGAAGUCCUCGGCUCUAUAAAUAGCCUGGCCCAGCAGCUGAAAUGAAGACUUUACCCUAGCCUUGCUGAGACGUUCGCUGGUACAUGUGGGGACGUUGCGCAGAAUAAACCACUGAACAAAC